AUGAACGAAUCCGAAGAUGGCGGUGAUGACGUCUCCCAAUUGACCGCCCUUGAACAAUAUGGCGCGUACGACUUUGCGAAAGACGAUGUAUACCUGCAAGGGCUGGCGAGCAUCAUUGCGGGAGGCGCCCUUCGCGAUGCACCCGACUACGUUCGCGAGGAGAUUCUACGUCGAACGCGCGUAUUCUACUUCAACAACUUGGCAUCAGAUGCCUCAUCAUCUGGACCCGAUGCAGCAAGCAGUACAAACGAGCCUUCCGUUGCUACAUCGUCCACACCAGCUUCAACCUCGAGCGCCACAAAUGGCGCCAGCGCGACAACCGCCGACCCACCUCGCACCCUAACCUUCGUCGAGCUGCAGGCACUCAUCGAAGCUGGGCGAGUCGACGAGAUCCCCAAUAAUCGCGAGAUACCCGAUAAGCUGAACGACGCACCACCAAGCCAGUCGAUCGCUGCGCCGCGAAAGAAGCCUUGGGAGGUGGUAGAGGCAGUUUAA